CAGCAAAAGUGGAGUUCUUAUGCCAAAACAGAAAACGCAUGAUAAUAACGUUUAUUCAUAUACUCUUUUGACUCUUCAGGUUCCUUGUACACUUUUACUCACAUCAAACAAUAACUUUCAUCUGACCACAUACAACAACAGAGAUUUCACUGAGAUAACUAUCAAUGUCUCAGACGACUUCCAUGUCGUUGACAGAGAGAGUUUAUAAUCAUCUUUGUCUUUCCGAUGUUUCACUGGCGUUGUUUGGACUCCUUGUGUUCUGUUGCCUGCGUGAGAAGAUUACCAAAAAGGAGGGCCCAACGAUAUGGCCAGUGUUGGGAAUCACUCCAGAGUUCUUCUUUCACAGGAAUGAUGUGUAUAGUUGGGUCACAAGGUGUUUAAAAAAAUGCCGAGGUACAUUUCUCUAUAGCGGAAUGUGGUUUAGUGGGUCUUCUGGAGCUGUGACUUGUGUCCCUGCGAAUGUUGAGUACAUGCUCAAGACUAAUUUCAAGAACUUCCCCAAAGGUACCUUCUUUAUAGAACGGUUCAGUGAUCUGCUCGAGGAUGGUAUCUUCAAUGCUGAUGCUGAGUCUUGGAAGGAGCAACGACGGAUCAUCAUAACCGAAAUGCAUUCAACCCGUUUCGUGGAGCAUUCCUUCCAGACAACACAAGACUUGGUAAGGAAGAAGCUGUUGAAGGUGAUGGAGAGUUUCGCAAAGUCACAAGAGGCUUUCGACCUCCAAGAUGUGCUCUUGCGCUUGACAUUUGACAACAUCUGCAUUGCGGGUCUAGGUGAUGACCCUGGAACUCUGGAUUCUGAUCUUCCCCUUGUUCCAUUUGCUCAAGCUUUUGAAGAAGCAACUGAAUCUACGCUCUUUCGAUUCAUGAUUCCUCCUUUUAUAUGGAAGUCCCUCAAGUUCUUGGACAUCGGGUAUGAGAAAGGUCUCAGGAAAGCUGUUGAGGUUGUUCAUGAGUUUGUCAACAAGAUAGUUGUGGAUCGUAUCUGCCAGCUCAAGGAGGAUAAAACGUUAGGUAACAAAUCCGAUGUUCUCUCGAGGAUUAUUGAGAUCGAAAGUCACAAGAAGACUGAUGAAAAAGAUCCUUCCACAAUCAAAUUCUUUAGACAAUUCUGCACAAGUUUCAUCUUAGCUGGAAGAGACACAAGUUCAGUUGCACUUACAUGGUUCUUUUGGGUGAUACAGAAACACCCAGAAGUUGAAAACACAAUCAUCAGUGAGAUCAGAGAAAUAUUGAAAAAGCGAGAGGAUCACGAAAGCAGAAAAAACGAGAGUCUCUUCACGGUCAAAGAACUAAACGACAUGGUAUAUCUGCAAGCAGCACUUUCAGAAAGCAUGAGACUUUACCCUCCAAUUCCAAUGGAAAUGAAACAAGCCACUGAAGAUGAUGUUUUCCCCGAUGGGACUUUCAUACGUAAAGGUUCACGGAUUUACUUUGCAACUUACACCAUGGGAAGGACGGAAUCCAUUUGGGGGAAAGACUGUGAAUCAUUUAAACCAGAGAGGUGGAUCCAAGCAGGGAAUUUUGUGAGUGAUGACCAAUUCAAAUACGUUGUGUUUAAUGCUGGACCAAGGCUGUGUUUAGGGAAAACAUUUGCUUACCUACAGAUGAAGACAGUUGCUGCUUCAAUCUUGUUGAGGUACUCAAUCAAGGUUGUUAAAGAUCAUGUCGUUGUCCCCAGAGUUACUACAACCUUGUACAUGAAGCACGGUCUGAAGGUGACUAUCACGCCAAAGUCGCUGGAAAGGAAGAUACACGUCCAAGAUUAGAAAAAGUAAAGGUCCACAGAUCAAAAACGAAGAGAUUGUAGGAGAAGUUACUUGAGUCAUGUCCCUAGUUAGAAGCAUUACAAAAGAUUAAGACUUUUAAGGGGAAAACUGCAAUGUUUAACAUCAAAACUGCAAUGUAACAUCUUCACCUUCUCCUACGUUACCUCAGUAAAAUAGUAUAUACUAGUUUCUCAAGCA